CAAACGCUUUCCUUUUCUCCUCUUCCCCCCAUCUCAUUCUCUUUUUAGACUGAGACCCCUGAAUCUCUUUGAUUGUGUCACUUACUGCUACACCCUCCUUUUCCUUUUCUUCCAUUCUUCCGCGAGGAAUUCUAGGCAGCAAGUUUGGAUUUGCCCAAAAGAGCAAAAAAAGUAAAGAGAGAGGUUCGAUUGCAGCUAUAAGAAGCCAUUGAUGAUGGUCCUCCCCUUCCCCCCUGUUUUCUUUCAACUUUUGAACCGAUCUUAGACUCCCUUUAGAAAGAUAAAGAAUCUCCCGUUUUUUUCCCCUCACUCUUUGAAUUCCUCUGGGGCCACCACCACCAUACCACCACUGCUCUUCUACUCAGAUCCCUCCACUCUGUUUUCCCCCUCUGUUCUGGAAGGAGAAAAAGAGAAAACUUAUUCCUCGUCCUCUGGAAAACUCUGCAACUCCUGCAGAGAAUAAUAAUAUAUAUCCUACAUUCUUCUUCCUGCUGAAUCUUCAGAUUCAGGGUUUUUUGUUUAGGUUCUGAUUAUUUUGGGUUUUAGAAAAACAACGGUGCUUUGUUGUUGUUUUUUGCCCUAUGUAGUGUGGUUUAGUGUUUUUAUGGAGGAGAGCAAGAUCAGGAAAAGAGGGAACUCGUCUUCUCCGUCGUCGUCGUUAGUCCAUAGAUACAGAUUCAAGCGAGCUAUUCUGGUUGGGAAACGAGUUGGGUCUUCUUCCACCCCUGUCCCCAGUUGGAUGAUGGCAGCGGCAGCCAAAUCCCCAAACUCAGCAAUGGCGGCGCCGGAAUCGGCAAACUUCCCGCCGCAGAGUGGCGGAAGAGAAGCUUCGGUUUCCGCCAGGAGACUGGCGGCAAGUCUUUGGGAGAUCAAUAAGGUGCAUUCUCCCGCUGAGGCUCUGGAGGAUUCUGAUACCGUGCUGGAUCAGAAAGAGCUUAGAAGAAACAGAGACAGAGAAAAGAAUUCUGAGCUGCCUCGCUCCUCAGAUCCAGCAUCUUACGGUGCUUCCUUCCCUGAGACUAUGGAGCGAAGGAGAAAUGGUCACCGGAGAAAAACUUCAUCAGUGGUCACUACAAAGAAGAAGCUUCUGCUCACAGAUUACAGCCAUGGAGAGUUCGAUUCCACGAACAAUGCCAAUUUAAUGGAGGGGAAGGCUCAAAUGGAAUGCGUAAUCGGGAUCAAAACGCGGCUGAAGGACGUAAGCAAAGGCCUUCUUACAUCCAAGGAGCUUCUGAAAGUAAUGAACCGUCUAUGGGGUCUCGACGAACAGAAUUCUCCAGGAAUAUCACUCGUCUCUGCCUUAAGAGCCGAGCUCGACAGAGCGAGGAACCAGGUCAAUCAUUUGAUCAAAGACCAGAAGUCAAGCCGCCACGAGAUCAUCCACCUCAUCAACCGAUUUGAGGAAGAGAAAGCAAGCUGGAGGAGCAAAGAACGAAGGAAGAUCCACGACGCCUUAUCACGCAUUGCUGAAGAGCUCGAGGUAGAGAGGAAGCUGAGGAAGCAGAGCGAGAGACUUAACAAGAAGCUUGGGUGUGAGCUGGCGGAGACUAAAGAAGCUUUGGCCAAGGCGUUGAAGGAGCUCGAGAGCGAGAAGAGGGCGAAGGAGAUAAUGGAGCAGGUUUGCGACGAGCUGGCAUCAGGAAUUGGGGACGAUCGAGCUAUGGCGGAGGAAGUGAAGAGGCAGAGGGAGGAGGUGGAGAAAGAGAGGGAGAUGCUUUUGUUGGCAGAUGUUCUAAGAGAGGAGAGAGUUCAGAUGAAGCUCUCGGAGGCCAAGUGUUACUUCGAGGAGAAGAAUGCGGCUGUGGAGAGGCUGAAGUGCGAGCUCGAGUCACGUUUGAGGGAGAACAUGGAAAGGAAGGAAGAAGAUGUAGACGGAAAUGGGGAUGGUGAUGAUGAUUGUUUUAGUCCCAAGUACGAGAAGAUCAAGGAGCUGGAAGCUUACUUGAAGGAGAUCGAGUUUGGGGGGUUGCAGAAGGGUGAAGGGAAUGUGGGAGGAGUUGUUGUUGUUGAUGAUGAUGAUGGAGAUGAUUCGGGUGGAGAGAGUGAAUCGCUGCAAUCGAUCGAAUUGAACAUGGAUCAUAACAGCAAGGGUUAUAAGUGGAACUUUGAAGGGAUUACUUUAGAAAAUGCGAAGAGGAUUUCGGUGGACAAAGAUAUGAAGGGGAUUGAAUGGGGAAGCAUUUCCUUGUACAAGAAGGAUUCUGACAAUGUCAAUGGUUUAAAGUUGGAUUCUGAUGCUAUAAACCUUGAGAUUCGACAGAUUUUGGACAAGGAAAGGCGACGAUCAAAUGAACUCGGUCUGGAUUCACAAGAGCAAGGUGGUGAAGAUGAAGUGAAGAUACUCAAGUCUGCCAAGAGUCUUAGGGACUUCUUGCUAUCAAAUUCCAGGAGAGAGUCGUCUGCAGCAGAAACGUUACCUCUGCAAGAGCUCAACAACGGUGUUUCUGAGAAACCAGCAGCUCAGCAUGUUGAUGCCUUGAUGAAGAACAGAGCUGGUGCUGGAACAAGAGGCGAAAGGCGGCUUUCUACGAGCUCGAAACAGUAAUCCAUCAUUAUGUAAAUACGAAUCAUUAUACAAGCUGUCAAGGAAACAGAGAGAUAUCAGUUAUUAUCAAACCGUUACUGCAGUUUUGCUCUGUGUUAGUUCCAACUUUCAUCAUUUACAAGAAAGAAAAUAUCAUUCUGUUGCUUCCCUCACAAGU